AGGAACUCGAGAAGAACUUGAGAGACGUGGCCAGUUGGAGCUGUUGCCAGAGAUCGGCCUGGUGUGCCGGCGAUAACACCAACCCUCACUAGGAUGCGACCACCGUGGAUCUACUUUCAUUCGGCCAUAAGGAUUCCACGGGUGAUCAUCCGCGUUUACAAAUUUACCUCAAGGAAUCUAGAGGACUAGCCGGAAAUUUUUAUUCCUAAAAAGUUGCUUUAUUUUUGUUUUUAAGGUGCUGAGGAAGACAACGAAAAAAUAUAUCAAGCAUGAUGGCCGGGGGAGCAUGGAGCGGUUGGUUACAGCGGUGUCGAGAGUCCCGGAAGCUCGUCCUCGUUAUCGUAGCCAUUGCGCUUCUUCUAGACAACAUGUUGCUUACUACUGUAGUGCCAAUAAUUCCGGAAUUUCUUUACGACAUCAAACACCCGAAUAAUACACUAAGUCAGCACUUAGAUGGGCCUCAUUAUACGACUCGGCCAAUGACAAUUGCCAGUAUCAUAAGCACACCCAUCCCUCCAACUAAAUGUACCUGUCCCCAAGUGAAUGCUUCAAAUAAUGGACAACUUGAAUUUCUUCAAGCAACUACCGGCGCUCCGGUUUCUAUUGUUAAUGGUUCUACUAUUAUGGUGCCGAUAAACACAACUUCCUUAGAAGAUGUAGAGAAAUCUCAGAGACAUAAAGAGUUAUUGGAGGAAACAGUGGCCGUGGGGAUAAUGUUCGCUUCGAAAGCUUUUGUUCAGUUACUUGCCAAUCCUAUUGUAGGACCUUUAACUCACAAAAUCGGAUACAGUGUUCCAAUGUUUGCUGGAUUUGUCAUAAUGUUCGUCUCAACUUUGAUAUUCGCAUUUGGUAGAAGCUAUAGUGUACUUUUCAUAGCUCGGGCUUUACAGGGUAUUGGUUCCUCCUGCUCAACUGUUUCUGGCAUGGGAAUGUUGGCCGAGAGAUACCAAGAUGACAAAGAGCGGGGUAAUGCAAUGGGUAUUGCACUUGGAGGAUUAGCUCUGGGAGUGCUGAUUGGUCCUCCGUUCGGGGGAUUGAUGUACGAGUUUGUUGGCAAAUCAGCGCCAUUCCUUGCGUUGUCGGUGCUGGCCCUAGGUGACGGACUGCUCCAGCUGCUGAUGCUUCAACCAACGGUUGUCUACACGGAAACUGCUUCUCCAUCGUUGAAGGCCUUGGUAACGGAUCCUUACAUCAUUGUUGCAGCAGGAGCCAUCACAUUUGCAAACAUGGGAAUCGCAAUGCUAGAACCGAGCUUACCGAUCUGGAUGAUGGACACAAUGGGUGCUAGUAGAUGGAAACAAGGUGCUACAUUCCUUCCGGCUAGUAUCAGCUACCUCAUAGGCACAAAUCUAUUCGGACCGCUUGGUCAUCGGAUGGGAAGAUGGCUUGCUUCUUUGGUUGGAUUAAUUGUUAUAGGUUUUUGUCUGAUGUGUAUACCUCUGGCGACGAAUAUCAACCACUUGAUAAUGCCAAAUGCUGGACUAGGAUUUGCAAUCGGUAUGGUGGACAGCUCUAUGAUGCCAGAGUUAGGAUACCUUGUUGAUAUAAGACACACGGCUGUUUACGGCAGCGUCUAUGCGAUUGGAGAUGUUGCGUUUUGCUUAGGUUAUGUUGUUGGUCCUGCUUUGAGUGGAACGUUAGUUAACACUAUUGGUUUUGAAUGGAUGCUCUUUGGAACCGCAAUGUUAUGCUUUAUGUAUGCUCCACUGAUGUAUUUUUUGAAAUCUCCGCCAACCAAAGAAGAAAAAAAGUCUCUGAUCAUCGGUGAAAAAUCAUCAGUUCGAUAUGUGUCUUAUGAAAACGAAGAAGAAGAAUAAUAGAAAUGUUGGUAAACAGUUAUCAAUUUUUUUUUAUCUAUUCAAGGAGUUAUAAUUUACGCUAAAUUACAUCUAGUCACCAAAUAUUGUUAUAUAAUUGAAAAAAAAUUUUUUUUUCUCAUUUACAGUAAAGUAGAAUCAGCGGAUCUAGUUUUUUACGGAUAAAUAUUUUAGAUAAAAAGUUUCAAAGCUUAUUUUCUAAACGAAAAUUAAACGUUAAAUUAUCUAAAACAAUGUUGAAAUUUAGUUAAAAUUAGAGUGUUUCCACGAACUACGUGCGAGUCCUUCUAAUAAAUUUUAUCUCGGGUUUCUUCGGCUUCUUUCGGAUUUACCACAUGAUUAACUCCUUUGGUAACUGAGAGUUUAGAAAAAUUCUAACCUGAUAUUUAAAAAAAAAAAAUGUUGUUGGCAUUUUGGACGACUGAUGAUAAGAAGCAUCAGAGAGUGGUUUACGAUCG